CGAAUAUCGUGAACCAUUGUCAUCCAACGAGGGAUGUUUUUGGAGGGUCGGUGAUGUAAAAGAUGCAGGAGGAAGAUUGGUUACUACCGUCUCAUGCAUUACAGUCAAAAGUAGGUCUACCUAAGCAUUCCUGCCCUACUAAAGAUUGCCAAGGACAAACUCCGCUCCUCUGUCACAUGGAUAGGCAUGGCAACAUACAAUACGGUUAGAGUAUUAAGACGUUAUUUCCUAUACCAUGACCUUGGGUUCUUACAUCUCCCUUGGGACCCCUCACCUUUCUUUCGCCCGCUACGUAUCUAUCUGAAAUACAAUAAAUAUUUGCCCCCCAAAGGUGUGCCCCAGGAUGGAAACUAAGAACUUAAUCUUACGGGGCAUCGACUGGCGCCUUGGCCAACAGGACUUACGCUAUAUAUCGCGGAAACAGUAUGGGAAGCUGCUUCCAGUGCCUUUCAGAGAACUAGGACGCGCCAGACGGCAGCUCGGUAUACAUGCUUCUGUCUUUGCGGUCGAUCUGAAAUGUCCUCAGGCACUAGUUCUUGUUGGCCCUCUUAGCAUGAUCGCUAUUAUAAUUGUUGACAAAUGCGGCCUGUUGUUUAUAAGUCCUAAAGACAUGGAAAAUCAACAGUAUGAAUCAGAAGUUCUUCGUCUCGAAAAGGAACAUGGCGCGUAUGGAGAUUUACAUUUGUAAGGAGUGAGCCAUGACCUAUUUUCCUUUACUUGACCUACGCCUAUGGCCGGAAGGCUUUGGCUCCAGGCCACCUGCUCUAAGGCUUGGUGCCUAAGGCUGCAGCCAUCGCACCACAGCACCACAGCUUCCCGACAUUAGACACACGCUAGUUGAGUUAUGGCCGCUAUGGACAUCAAUCAUCGGAUCGCCAUCGCGACAGGCUUUACAGCAAGCAGCAUAGAUCUAAUACGGACACUCGGCCAUCUAGGCUAGAUAUCCCCAUCCUUCAGUCCACGAAAGCCUCCCAUCAUUACUGCCAUAAGCGGGUUCUUCAUCGAGCAUAGACAAACUAGAGGCGGGGCGGCGGGCGUCAGUUCGAUCAUAAGUACAUAUGAGAGUCCAGGUUCAGUCCUUAGCAGGGAAAAUCUAUGUGGAUGUAGGCCCAAAUAUAUUUUAAUGUAUAUACUGCUGGAGAAGUGAAGGAGAAACUUAUGAUGUCCUUUGCCCAUGGCUGACUAGGGCGUGUUUCGAAGUGACUGCUCUGGUGGCAAGAGAUUU